CAAGAGGAAGGCAAGCAAAAAUUACUUAAAGUCAUCGACAUAACCACUAAACAGUUCGGUGAACGCCACAGCAACCUUGCAAAAGCUUACUGUAAACUAGCUAUUUUUGAUUUGGUUCAAAAGGAAUACGAAUCUGCUGAAAAAAAAUUAUUACAAGCGUAUGAUCUAUAUGAACAAUUGCCUAAAAUUUAUAUUGAUCAUUUAACUACAUUAAUAAAGUUGAUAGAAGUUUGUAAACAUUUCAAUUAUAAAGAACGUGUAUUAUUAUACGCAGAAAAAUUUUAUCAAUAUGCGGAAAUGAUUCAACCAAGCUUGUUUCUAGAUGCUCUUACAUGCUUUCUGGAAGCCGCAAUGGCACAAAACAAUUAUAAAUCAGUUUUAUCACACAUCAAUGCUAUAUCUACCAAAAUAGUUAAUCUUAAUUCGUCCUAUCCAAUAGAAGAAAUCGAGCAUUUAGACUAUACUGCAUUAAAAGAAAUUUUAAAAAUUAGAAAAAUUGAACAAAAGUUUCUUGAAGUGCAGAUUAUAGCAUAUUUAUCUGAUAAUAAUAAAAACACUCAAAUUGUAAACGCGCUAAGUCAACUUGUGGUAAACUAUAAACAAAAAAGUGAUGAAUUAUCAAAAAGAGGAAAUGCUUAUGGGCCUGAUUUGAUCGCAAUAAUUAAUAAUUAUUCCGAAUUAAUAGAUGAUGGAAAGCACUUAUUAAAUGAAAUACAUACACAAUUAGUGCCUAAAGAUAAGUUGGAAAUUGCUUUGUUCAAUGUGGAAAAAUUAGAAUCUACGUUUAAUACAUUUAAUACAGAACAAUAUUUAAGAGAUGCUCUCUUAAAAUCCUCCAUUGACAAUGUUUCGGAAGAGGAAAUUAAACAAUUGCUAGAUCUAUCGGGACAAUUCACUACCACCAUUGAUAUGGCAAUUGCUUAUAUCUCUAUUUCGGAAUCGAAGAGUAUUAAGGAAUAUUGUUCAUUUUUAUCACCACUUAAAGAUACAUUUCGCAUCAACCAUCCGGACCUCAAAAAUGAUGCUUGUCUUAAUUCCUUCAUUAUAUAUUGUUAUAAUAAGGUUUCAUUUAUUUCUACGAUUUCAAAUAAUAUAGACUUAGUAAAAAACAUUUUUUAUUUCAUAUAUCUUAUAAGGGAUAAAGCACCUACUGCUUUUUUUUUAUUUAUUUUAAUCAAGUGCGGCUUUUCGAAAGAAAAUUCAAAUCAAAUCCUCCAAAACCUAUUCGAAUUAAAGUUUUUAAAAAGUGAGAAUGAAACAAUUUUAAUAACUAGUUUUGUCAAAGCUUUAUUAGAUCAUGAAUUUAAUGACCUUAGAUUACCUGUUAUUAAAAUAUUUAUCGAAGUAUGUUCCCAAUACAUAGAGAUUAACAAAAGUGAUUCCGAGUCAAUAUUAGUGAUGGAUAUAUACCGACAUACUUUACUUAAAUUUCAUGAUUGGAUUAUUUCUGAUCAAACAAUUGAGAACAUUGAUAUUGUUUUUGUGGCAAAUCAUAUUUAUCGGUUAAGUUCUAUAUAUGAUGAUUUAACUAGAUUUGAUCAAAAAACUUUUUUAGAAUUAUUGCUUAACUUGUAUUGUAGAUUUAAUUUAGACAAAAAUACCGAAUCAUAUGCAGAAACACUCACAUUGCUUGCAUUUUCUAAACGGAAUGCUACAAAUUACCAUCGACACUUGGAACUUAUUCAAGAAGCACAUGCCAUUAAAUCCAAGUUAUAUAAAAAUGAUGAUCCAUUGUUCGCGAAAAGUUUGCUUAAUCUUGCAAGAGCUUUUGGUGAUAUUAAAAACACUACAAAGCAAAUAGAACUUGGCAAGGAAGGUUUAAGUAUUUUAGAAAAGGAUUACAAUUUAUGCCAGGAUACUCUGGAUGCUGAAAUUCGAGCGGAGAAAGAAGUUGAUAUAGUUAAUGCUUUUAUAAACUUAGCAGCUGGUUAUACAUGGGUGGAUGGCACUUAUCGUAUAGAAUUGCUAGAACAAU